AGCAACAACGUCAAUCAUGGCUUCCACAAUCGCGAAGAUCUGCCGCCGUCUUUCCACCUAUACUCACCGGAGGAGUACGAUAAACGACGCCGCCGCCGAGUUGAAGACGAAGGUGGGGAAGAACUUAGAAUGGGCAGCGGUCUUCGUACCGCUGGGAAUGGUGUUGUCGACCGGGGUGAUGCUCGGACUCCACACGGCGAAGGGCCAGCUCUCGCACUCGCCGUCGGUGAGGCUGAAUAAGAAACUGCGAGGCACGAUACCGGAAGUCGAAGAUCCUGUCCAUGUGGCAGAAGAGGGAAGCCGAUACGUCAAC